UCCUUGUGGCCUCAGUCGUAGAAAAUACGCGAAAAGCUCCGGUUGAUAUUUAUUUUUCACGCAUUUCUGUGCGGGGAAAUUUCUUUCUCAGUCUCAUUGAAUUUGCGGGGGAUCCUUUGAAGUUUUUCCGUUUGGUUUUUCAUAUCUAAGAAGAUUACAAUAACAGGAUUAAAGAUCGAUUAAAAGUGAAAACUCAAAGUAGAUUUUUGAAGAAAAAAAAGUUGAAAAGGAAGCCUUAAUGUAAAAGUGAAGAAAUAGGACUACAAGGAUCAAAAGAAAAGUUUAAAAAAAGAAGAAAAUUCAGGAAUAAAAAAAGUAAAAGAAAAUAGUCAUUACUUUGCGCACUUAAAAGAAAAUUCAAGUGAUAAAAUCAUUCUUAAUUCAAUUUAAUAAGAAAAAGGGAAGAAAGUUAAUCGUGAAGCUAUUAUCUCAUCAGCUGUUGCCGUAAAUCAUCACCUUUUAAUCGAAUGGACAUAAUGUUCUAAAUUUGUGCUUAAAUUUUCAACUAAUACAUAUAUUUUGAUCGGGUGCCAAUAAGUCGCGAUCCGUAAGCGUCAAUUGGAUGUAUUUUGAGAAACAUUUUCUAGUGAGAAGGAGAAAAAGAUAAAAAGGAGGAAAAGCAUUUGCAAAAAUAAAUCUCUCAAAUACACAAAAACCCCCCUUUAUUGUGAUAUCUCUGUCGUACACCAGCCCGAAGAAUUUUCGUGAAGAAGAAAAGAAUUUUCUAUACGUCUGUGUGACGAACAUUUGAUGAAAAAUCUCAAGUUGGACCUUGAACUAUACCAUCAUGAAGUGAUUCAUUGUGAGGGAAAAAGUGUUCAAAGGAAGAACGUGUGAAGUGAGAAAAUCGCACAAUGCCGUACUAUUCGGAUUUAUCGUACUACUACGGAGCCGGUCCACCGCUCCUUAAUCCCUACAUCAAUCCACCACCCUAUGCUUCAUUUGCGGGAUACACGAGGGCACUCACGGGGACCUAUGGAAGUCCUACAUUGCCCUCCAGUAGGACAGCUUAUUCAUCAAGUCGCUACACACCGAUGUUGUCGACAAUCAGCGAGGCGCCCUAUAUUAGCUCAAGGCGCCCCAUUUCAUCCCUCACACGAACAUCCCCCAAAGUUUCAAUGCACAUCUCACCGAAGUACAUCGCACCUCGUCCCAUUCCCAUCAAUACAGCCGAUAUUGAUGUCUCAGCAUCAAGGUACAAGAGGAAUGUGACCCAGAAGGAUGCUGUUGUAGAGCCCCCAGCGAAGACAUCGAAAGAUCCCGUUGGUGAUAUGGAUGAUCAAUCGCCGUAUAUGCCACGAUGCGAUCAAGAUGAUGAUUGUGAGGUGAAAAAGCCAAUUAAGAGGGACAGAACAGUUGUGAGGAUAUCAACGAUGCGUGCAAAAAGUGGGCGAAAAUCCCCAAAAAUCGCUAAAGAGGAACCACAUAAGCCAAUUAUGAAACCACUUGAAAUACCGCCUGCAACACCCACGGAAACGCCACCGCUCAAGAAGACAUGGCGCGACAAUAUUGGCGUUGAACUCUCACCUAAACCCAAGGAUGCCCCAAAGAAGUCACCCGGAGAGCGUCUUCUCGAGCGACAUCUCAUAAAGCACGAAGAGCAACGAGAACAAUCCCCCGAAAUUCCCGCCAAGGUGCCUGAUUUCUUUACAUUUGAUUGCAUCCCCGAUGGAGCUAGAUUGGAAGAACGACGUCCCAGUUUUCACGAUAUCUGCCAGGAUAUCUCAUCGGAUAAACUCGAAACUGUGGAUGACUUGAAUGCCGGGGAACUGCGUCGAAAAGCAUCCUUGAUGGACCAGGAGGAGAUCUUUGUGAAUAAGGUGACUAAAUCCGCUUCUGGAACACUUCAUUGCAUCCUCGAGAGGCAUUUGGAGGAUGCACCUGAAUCAUCGGUGAAGAAACACAAAACAAAGGUGAAGCACAAAAUUACCUGUUCGGUGGGAAUUGAUGAACCAACAGUGAGCAAUAUUAGGCCAAUUGUGGUGAGUGAGGAAGAGGAUGAAGGGCAGAAUUCAACACCGAUUAAGGUGAAGAAAAAACUAAAUGCCGUGGUGGAGCAUGUUGAGGAGCACGUAGUGAAGCUGCCGAAGAAAAAGACAAAGAAACCGAUUCAGGAGAAAGAGCAAAAGGUUCAAAAGGAGCAUAAGGAGCAAAAGGAGCAGAAACAGAAGGUGAAGCAAGAUGAAGAGCAUCAGGAUGAUAUCUGGAGUGGUAUGAGGGAGACUGUGUACUACAACAGAAGACGACAGGAGCAAAUUGCACGACAGGUAGCAAUGCUGAAGGCAUUCCAUGAGGAAGCUGAGGAGAAGAUGUGUGCUGAAAUAAUUCCGCAAGAGACUCCGCAGUGUGUUGUUGUGGAAAAGAGGCCCAUUGUGGUGCAAUGUGAUGAAAAGAGUGCAUCUAUUUUAGCACCUGUUGCUUCGCAGCGUGACCGCCGUGAAAAUUCGGUGAAGGUUUCUAAACCAAGUCAAAGUGAAUCCGCUGACGCAAAGGUACACUCAUCGGCCAACAAUGGGGCCGCUACGACGGCAUCGGGGUGGCAGAAGCAAAAUGUUGUUGCGCCGCAGAGUGGUAAGAAAACAUUGUUGACGAAAAGCAGUGAUAAUCAGAAAACACUUUCUACAUCUGCGGAUAACGUGGAUGGGGUAAAAAUACCGCAGGAAAAAGAAUGUGAAAAAUUAACGAUGCGCGCAUCACUAAAAAUACCCAAUGGGCCCCAAGCCAAGUCACCUGAGGUCUCCCAAAACAAGAAACACUACGCCAAGAUCACUGAUCGUGUGGAGAAAGGCUCCGCCGCAGUGGAAGACGCUGUGCCGCUAAAGGUGAAAAAAUCUCCUCCUCUUGGCUCCAACAAAGCAUCCGACACCAAGACACCUACUACGAGUACCGAAAAAUCUGCAAGAAAGAAUGCCCGUAAAGUGCAUGCACCUACCAAUGAGGAAGUUCCACCACAUGUCUCAAAUGAUUCCACCACUGCGUCGCCUACCAGAGAGGCCAAUACCUCAGAAAUUGUGACGCCACAUGCAGUGGGGGAGGCACUCUCAAUGGCAAAAUCAGCGAUCGUCAGCGAGAUCAAUUUGAAUGAUCACGAAGAGAUCGCCACAUGCAACAGUAUCGCAGACGAGGAGGUGAAUAUUUUUAAAUCACAUUCUGGCAACAUCUCAAAGUUCCCAACAUUCACCAAUUUAAAUGAAUUAUCACUCGACUGCGAUCAGUCGGAGAAAUCGAUGGCUAUAGAAGUUGACGGUGAUCGGGUUUGUCUGGGAACCAGUAAAAUUGUGGAUACCCCAACGACCAGUGCUCCACAAAAUGGAGGAGCCCCAAGUGAAACAACAGACACCAAGAGUGAUGAAAAAAGUGCAAAAACACCCGCGGAGACCCCUGCGGAGGUGUUAGAUGUUGCAGAUGAAGUGAAGAAGCCCCAAAUGAAGUUGGUGAAGAAGAAAAAGAUUGUAAUUAAGAAAGUGCUUGUUAAGAGGAGUCCAAAGAGUAAAGAGGAGAGAUUGAUAGAGCGAGAAAUUGGUGAGCAAGUAGAAGAAAAAACGGAUGAAAAAGCCGAAAAUAGCGAAAUUGUAGAAAAUUCCACAUCAACUGAACCCAUUUUGCCAACAAAUUCACCUUCAGCAAAAGGAGUUUUCAUGGAAUCCAAGACGCAAUACAAAAAAGAUGACGAGGGAGAAGCCAGAAGCCUCAAGGGGCACAGAAAUAAGACGCGCGAGAAGAAAGGUGGUGGUUUCAAUCCGCAGAAGUGCAUGAAAUUCAGCCCACAGGAACAUAAGAUAAAAUGCUAUGAGGUGGAUGAGAAGGCACCCAGGGUGCUCUACGCCACCCCACGUCCCCUGCAGAAGAAGAAGAAACCCAUUGACUACUACUCCAGCGAUGAGAGCAUCACAGACGAUGAGAGCAAUAGCGAUGGAAGCACACAGAGUCCCAGUUCGGAUGAUGAAUUCUUCGAUUGUCCCUCCCCGCCAGAUCAUAUGCUGAAUCUCUAUGCGGCCAAGGAUGUCCGAAUGAGCACCGGCAGCAAUGAUUCGGGCUUUGAAGGUGGCACCGCACCAUCCAGCCCCAAACAGAUGUUUGGGGUUCACGAGGCACGAGACUCUCCCAGCACGCCUCCAAGUCACAAUCCAGCAUUUAAAAUUGAUUCAACUCAUGAUUCCGAUGAUUUAGAAACAUCCUAUACGUAUGGGCAGUAUCAGCGUUCUGGACGAAUAACAGCACCUGCCACAUCAAUUCCGCGCUUCCGGAAAUACGCCGUGGAGGACUUUCACUUUUUGGCUGUGCUUGGGAAAGGAAGUUUCGGCAAGGUACUCUUGGCUGAAUUGAGAAACACAGAAUUCUACUACGCGAUAAAGUGUCUAAAGAAGGAUGUGGUGCUGGAGGAUGAUGAUGUGGAGUGCACACUGAUUGAGAGGAAGGUCCUUGCAUUGGGCACAAAACAUCCCUACCUGUGUCAUCUCUUCUGUACAUUUCAAACCGAGAGUCACUUAUUCUUCGUCAUGGAGUACCUGAAUGGAGGUGAUCUUAUGUUUCACAUCCAACAGAGCGGGAGAUUUCCCGAAGUAAGGGCACGUUUCUAUGCGGCCGAAAUUAUUUCUGGACUUAAAUUCCUUCACAAGAAGGGCAUAAUUUACAGAGAUCUGAAAUUAGACAACGUAUUGUUAGACUUUGAUGGGCAUGUUCGUAUCGCGGAUUUUGGAAUGUGCAAAUUGCAAAUUUAUCUCGAUCGGACGGCUGAUAGCUUCUGCGGCACUCCGGAUUACAUGGCACCUGAAAUCAUAAAGGGUCAAAAAUACAAUCAAGCUGUCGAUUGGUGGUCUUUCGGCGUUCUCAUGUACGAAAUGCUCAUCGGUCAGUCACCAUUCAGUGGUUGCGAUGAGGAUGAACUGUUUUGGUCAAUUUGCAAUGAAGUUCCAUGGAUUCCUGGUUAUAUAUCCAAAGAAGGUCACAACAUUCUCAAAGCUCUCCUAGAGAAAGAUGCCAGUAUCAGAUUAGGAUCAAAUUUCUGUCCCUUGGGUGAAAUAGUCGAUCAUCCGUUUUUUGCAUACAUCAACUGGGAUAAGUUGGAGAAACGCGAAUUGGAGCCACCGUUCAAACCUCACGUGCGACAUCCCCUGGAUACGCAAUACUUUGAUAAGACUUUCACGAAGGAACGCGUGAGGUUGACACCGAUCGACAAGGAGAUUCUCCGAUCGAUGGCCCAAGAUCAAUUCCAAGGAUUCUCAUACACCAAUCCAAAUGCAACACUCAAUUAGUUUUCUUUUUUUAUUUAGUAAAUCUCCCAACAAUAAAAAAAAUAUUAAAGUGAAUAACACAGGAAUAAAAAUGGAGAAAAAAGAGAAAUAUUUCAUUUUGUGAUCAGUAUGUAAUUUUUUUUUUCAUAGAGAUUAAUGAACUAUAUGAGAGAAGUUUUCUUGUCUUGCUUCGCGCGUAAAGAGCCCCAACAAGUGCUAAUCAUGCGGAAUAAGAAGUUCUAACUGUGAGGAACAUUUAAAAUCGACAAAUUUUCUAUUAUUCCCACAAUUAAAUCUUUUUCUUCUACAUUGCUUUGCACGCCGUAUCCAUGAUAGUGAUUAUUAUUUUUUCUUUUCUUUAUUCUCUCGAGUGAAUUAUGGUGAUGGCUCUAUGCACAAAACUCUUGUUUUUUUCUGCGUUUGCUUCGUAUAAACAGUAUCUACAUAUUGAUGUUAUUAUUUACAGGCGAAACAUCUAAUUGUGGUGUGGAGAAUUAUGCUAUAGAAAAGAAUAUAAAGAAUCAAAUAAAAAAAAACUAAAUGGUACGAGAGAGAAAAAAAAUCGUGAAAUAAUUAUAACCAUAUAAAAACCUUUUUGUACAAUUUCAAAGCAAAAGUCUUGUAUUAUAAGGAAACUUUUGGAACAAGUAAACAAGCAAGAAAAGAUGAAAACAAAUAAAGUACAUUUAAGUGAAAUAAAAUGUAAUAAAUUGUAAUUAGGCAUAAAGAGGCAAUAUGUGAAUUUAAUUGCUCUAUCG